GUCAGUCUUCCCUUCAAAAACUUGGAAUGAUUUCAAAUCAUAGGCACCUUCACUUAACCCGAGCCCCCAUUCAUCAACGCACAGAUAGGAUCGAUUCUGCUUUAACCUACCGGGCUUCUCUACCAAACCUCCAGGUUAAAUGAAUACCUGACGAAAGGGACCACGUUUCAAGGCAGUGACAUUUGAUAGCUGAGAGGAAAAGUGGCUUUAAUGAAAAGCAACCUUUGGAAUUCCUGCUUGUGAGGAGGAGGAAGAGGAGGAGGAGAAGAAGAAAAAUCCAAUUCAGCUUUUUUGUGCUGCCAGCGAGAAAUGAUCAGUAGCACCAGUGUUUAUGGCUUGAAGAUGCAGUGGACGCCAGAGCAUGCCCAGUGGCCAGAGCAGCACUUUGACAUCACUUCCACCACCCGGUCACCUGCCCACAAGGUAGAAGCUUACCGCGGACACCUGCAGCGCACCUAUCAGUAUGCUUGGGCUAAUGAUGACAUCUCUGCUCUAACCGCCUCGAAUCUGCUAAAAAAAUAUGCAGAAAAGUAUUCUGGUAUUUUGGAAGGGCCCGCCGAACGGCCCCUCCUGAGUAACUAUUCCGAGCCUCCGCCGGGGCUGGUGAAUGGCCGCAAGAGUGAGAAUGAGCCCUGGCAGCCUUCGCUGAACGCUGAGAGCGUCUAUCCCAUGAACUGUGUCCCCGAUGUGAUUACUGCCAGCAAAGCUGGGGUAAGCACUGCCCUCCCUCCAGCAGAUGUUUCUGCCAGUAUCGGGAGUUCACCUGGGGUGGCCAGUAACCUGGCCGAGCCCAGCUAUUCCAGCAGCACUUGCGGGAGUCACACGGUCCCUAGUCUGCAUUCCGGGCUCCCGUCUCAGGAAUAUGCCGCUGGAUACAACGGAUCGUACCUGCAUACCAGUUACAGUGGCCAGCCGGCACCUGCACUUCCCUCGCCUCACCCCUCCCCUUUGCAUAGCUCUGGGCUCCUGCAGCCGCCCCCGCCCCCGCCGCCCCCACCGGCCCUGGUGCCAGGCUACAACGGGACUUCCAACCUCUCCGGCUAUAGCUACCCAUCGGCGAGUUACCCCCCUCAAAGCGCCGUGGGGCCUGGCUACAGCCCCGGGGGAGCCCCUCCCCCAUCCGCAUAUCUGCCUUCAGGAAUCCCUGCUCCAACGCCGCUGCCCCCCACCACAGUUCCUGGUUACACUUACCAGGGCCACGGCCUCACCCCCAUUGCACCCUCCGCCCUGGCAAACAGUUCAGCCAGCUCUCUGAAAAGGAAAGCUUUCUAUAUGGCAGGACAAGGAGAAAUGGACUCCAGUUACGGAAACUACAGCUACGGCCAACAGAGAUCUACACAAAGUCCCAUGUACCGGAUGCCCGACAACAGCAUUUCGAAUGCCAGUCGAGGGAACGGCUUUGACAGAAGUGCUGAACCAUCGUCCAUGGCGUUUAAGCCAACGAAACAGAUAAUGGCUUCUGAGCAGCAAAGGAAAUUCAGCCAGUCCAGCAGGGCUCUGACUCCCCCCUCCUACAGUUCCAGUAAGAAUUCCCUUGGGUCACGAGCGAGUGAACCAUUUGGGAAGUACGGCUCUCCAGUAAUGAAUGACCACGGUGACGAUCACAGGCAGCUCCUUCCUCACCCCAUGCAAGGCCCGGGACUUCGUGCUACCUCAUCCAACCACUCUAUGGACGAGCAACUGAAGAAUACUGACGCACACCUCAUUGACCUUGUAACCAAUGAGAUUAUCAGCCAAGGCCCUCCUGUGGACUGGAAUGACAUUGCUGGCCUAGAUUUGGUAAAGGCUGUCAUUAAAGAGGAAGUUUUGUGGCCAGUAUUGAGGUCAGAUGCAUUCAGUGGGCUGACUGCUCUACCUCGGAGCAUCCUUUUGUUUGGACCGCGAGGAACGGGCAAAACAUUAAUGGGCAGAUGUAUAGCGAGCCAGCUGGGAGCCACUUUUUUCAAAAUUGCUGGCUCCAGUCUUGUCACAAAGUGGUUAGGGGAAGGCGAAAAAAUUGUCCAUGCCUCCUUCCUUGUGGCAAGGUGUCGCCAGCCCUCAGUGAUUUUUGUGAGUGACAUUGAUGUGCUCCUUUCAUCCCAAGUGAACGAAGAACACAGUCCAGUCUGUCGGAUGAGAACCGAGUUCCUUAUGCAGCUGGACACUGUGCUAACUUCUGCUGAGGACCAAAUAGUAGUAAUUUGUGCCACCAGUAAACCGGAAGAAAUAGAUGAAUCUCUUCGAAGGUACUUCAUGAAACGACUUUUAAUCCCACUUCCUGACAGCACAGCAAGGCACCAGAUAAUAGUACAACUGCUCUCACAGCACAAUUACUGUCUCAAUGACAAGGAGGUUGCACUGCUUGUCCAGCGUACGGAAGGCUUUUCUGGACUAGAUGUUGCUCAUUUGUGUCAGGAAGCGGUAGUGGGCCCGCUCCAUGCCAUGCCAGCCACAGACCUUUCAGCCAUUAUGCCCAGCCAGUUGCGGCCCGUUACAUAUCAAGACUUUGAAAAUGCUUUCUGCAAGAUACAGCCUAGCAUAUCUCAAAAGGAGCUUGAUACAUAUGUUGAAUGGAACAAAAUGUUUGGUUGCAGUCAGUGA